AGAGGUCCUGAAGGGUUAGAGCCGUACGUAGUCUAGCAUGGGGUGGACGAAGGUGCGGUAAAUGCGGAGUCUAUAGUCCAGGGGGGCCAGGGUUAGCUGAACCGAGCGAGUCGAGGGAAUGCGGUGCUUUUGCGCACCAACGAACUCCAGAAUGCGCUUUCGAGCGUCGACGCCCCGCCCCUCGCGAUGCGCUUACAGUACAGUAGCUUCGCCCAAGAUGCAAAUGAGUAAACAUAAGCGAGGAACCUGCAUCUCGCCUGAGGGGAUCCACGCGAGUAUAUGAGGUCCCCAAGCGGACUUGAUUGCCCCUUCGCAUCUUCCUUCAAGCAUCACAGUAAGGCAAAGUGAUUUUGCGCUCGCCAUCUUGCUAUCGUAUUACGCAGAUUCGCCCCGAAACAGUCGAGGAGAAGCCACCGUCAUGGCCAAGCCUUCUGCCAGCGCCACCCCAGCGGUGGUUGGUGCUCAAAAAAAACCGUCAACCUUCCGCAUCUUCGGAGUGGGAGCGCUUACUGGAGCAUCCAUCCUGAUUGCUCUUGUCGCGUAUUUCUUCUCCUCCGAGUCGGCCCUCAUCGUCGAAAGAGCUCGCCGUGCUGUAGCGAAGCCUUCUCCCACCUCAACCACUACCGCUGGUCCCGCUGGGGGAACGAGCGUCAGUGGCGUGCCUCUUACUGGCGUUAUUCACGACUAUUACUGGACAGUGACCAACUUCACCGAUGCUCCUGAUGGCGUUUCCCGCACCGUUCUCGGUAUCAACAACAAGGCCGGCGAUCAGGCUUUAAUCGAAGUGAAUCUGGGUGAUCGGAUCCGCGUACACGUUCAAAAUGGUCUCACGGCUCCGACUUCGAUUCAUUGGCACGGAAUGUUCCAAAACGGAAGUAACAUCAUGGACGGGCCCUCGGGCGUGGCGCAAUGCCCUAUCCCACCUGGCAAACUUUUCGUCUACGACUUCAUUGCCGCGCAAACGGGCAGCUACUGGUGGCACUCGCACUACAUGGCGCAAUACGUCGACGGGCUGCGUGGACCGCUCAUCAUCCAUGAUCCAAAGGAGAAGACCAAGUACGGCUACACGGAUGAGAGGACGCUCACUUUGGCAGACUGGUAUAACCGCGCCGUCUCCAACGACUUGUUGGCAGGUUAUCUGUCGCCUACCAACGAUGGGAGUGAACCAGUCCCGGAUUCAAUCCUCGUCAAUGGAAACGGCUUCUUCGAAUGCAAAUACGCUUCUGUGUCUCAACACUGUGUUGCUAAAGACUCGACCACAGCCAUGACGCGCAUCACUGUGAAUCCCGGAACGACCUACCGCUUUCGCUUGAUCUCCAUGUCUUCCUUCACCGCUUACAACUUCAGCAUCGACGGCCUCAAGCUGACCAUCAUCGAGACGGAUGGCGUCGACACCAUGCCGUACGCUGUUGAUCGUAUCACAAUCAACAACGGUCAAAGGUACUCCGUCCUGGUCACCACCCCCCCCUCGACCAAAGCCAAAAAUACGUACAUCCGAGUCAUCGGACUCCAUGACUACCCGUGGACCGCCUCCCCUCCUGGGCCCGGAUACCGUUUCAACGGCGCCGCGAUCUUGCAGUACGCUGCCAACAGUCUUGCUUUGCCAACGACGGUCAUGCCCAAGACGUUCAUCGACUUUGACCAGUCAAAGGUCGGCUCGAACCCCCCGGCUGCGGCCCCGAGCAAAGCCACCGUGACCGUGCCCAUCAGCUUCACUUUCCAAACCACUGCAACGGAUCCCAUCCAACGCGCCUAUGUCGCGUUUAAUCCUGACCUUAAGAACUUGCAUACGUACCAAGCUCCAGCGACGCCUGUCCUCAUCGAUCUGCUCAAGAACAAGAAAACCGUAGCUCAGCUGUCGCCGAACUCUAACGUGUUUGAGCUCAAGCGACACGAUGUGGUGGAUCUCAUCGUGAUCAACUACGACGGGGGCGAGCAUCCUUGGCAUUUGCACGGGCAUACGUUCUGGAUCAUGGGCCAAGGCACCGCGACCGCCUUCUCCCAGAUCCCGAAAACCUUCCCCACGACGAACCCACCCCGCCGUGACGUCGUUACGUUGCAAGCCUGCGAUCUCGACCCCACCUCCGGCGAUUGCGCUGCCGGCAACUUCGGUUACACCGUCCUGAGGUUUGUCGCGGAUAACCCCGGCGUGUGGUUCUUCCAUUGCCACAUCGAGUGGCACAUCGAGGCCGGACUCGCGCUGGUCUUUGCUGAGGCCUUGUCGGAUCUCAAGGCCGCCCAAUACCCUUUUCCCCAAUGCUAUACCGAUCUUUGUGUCUGAGAUUUUCUCCCCUCGGGAGCUCGUCUAAUCGAUAGUUCUUAUAACACCCUUUCCGUAGUGUAGCUCGUUUUAUGCACUACGGAUACCUUGUCAUUCAGCACGAUUUGUUGACCUGCAACCCGAUUCUUUACUUUUCGCAAGAUACAACUGACUCAGAUACAGCUGAAUGCUCUUGAUGCGCUCCAACACUGCUCUGAAGAGUGCUGCUAUUCGAUGUGCUUCAUAUUCACUUGCCAGACACAUUUGCAACAGUCGUGCCUUGUGAUUGUGAUUGAG